AUGGCGUACAACGGAUCACAACUGCUUCCCGGGCAGUCAGCUCCUCUCGAAGUUCUUACUGCUACGGAUCAAAGUGGUGUCAUCUUGAUUGCGGCAGCGCUGGGUUUGAUUUUCGCUAUCAUCUCGCUGCUCAUUCGAGUUUACCUCCAACUGGAAGUUCGGCACCAUGUUGCUCGCGAUGAUGCUGCUGUUCUGCUUGCCAUGCUGGUUUUUGUUGGCCAGUCAAGUGCUGUAUUUGUAGAAGUAUCCAAAGGCUUUGGGAAGACUUUGUCAGAUAUCCCGCUCAGCAACUUGACGUCUUUGCAAAAGGCUUCAUACUCGAGCGAUAUCCUCUACCUCGUUGCUGUAUGGUUGACAAAAUGCUCCGUUGCUUUUUUGACAAUCCGUCUGUCACCAGACAAGCGCCAUAAUUUCGCAUCCAAUGCCGUCCUCUAUACUUCGACGUUGUUUGUGGUGAUCUCGAUCUUUAUGUUUGCUUUAGGGUGCAAUUUGUCUGAGCCGUGGCUUUUUAUCGAUACUCCGUACGGCAUGAAUAUGUUCCUUCGUUGGCAAAUUGUGGCUGCGUUUGAUAUUGUGACAGAGCUUGCUCUGCUUGCUCUUUCAUUCUACCUUGUUGGAGGUCUGCAACUCUCCAGAUACAAGAAAUUCGUGGUGAUAUUUGCCUUUGCCCUCCGCUUACCUAUCAUCGUUGCAAUUGCUUUCCGACUCCAUUUCCUCCGAAACGAGCUCUCGAGUUCGGAUCCCACGCUCAAAGGCUCCCUUGCCUCGGUCUCGACACAAAUCCAAAUCAGCUAUGCGAUCAUCGCAGCCACCACUCCAUGUCUUCGACCCUUCAUGUCUGCACUCAGUACCAAUUACGGCGCACCCGCGCAGAUCAAGACACCAUCAAGCACAAAAAAGUCAGACAACAGCUAUGCGUUGUCGUCUUUCUCGAAGAAUCGAGGUCAAGAGAAGGGAAAACAGAUAAAUAUAACCAAGACUGUGCCCGAUACGAGAUGGGAUUUGGCAGAUCAUCAUGCAUCAGUCGUGGCUGGCGAUAAUAUCAGUUUUGACAGCCAUUCAAGUAUUCAGAUGAUCAUUCAGAAGAAUACUGAAUGGGGAGUGGAAUUUGAAGGACGAAGUCAGAGAUCCGAACUUUCGCCUGAGCCUCCUCAGGAGCCUUCUCCGCAACGCUGAUUCUGUAUAUUUCUUUUGGUCAUGACACGGAGUACUGGGUAGAUGGGAUAGAGUCGCAAGCCAUUGGAUUUCUUGUAGCAAUCCACGUCAACAACAAUGGCAA